UUCCCUUAAAGAAGCAAACCGGAAAAGUGCAUAUAAUGGAAAUAAGGCUUUUGCCAAUUUCAAAUUUCCCCCAUUAUAAUUUUUCUUCUCCUACCUCCCCGGUGGUGUCACCGUCGUCCUCCGUUCUUCACUCAACCCCACCCCAGACCCCUGCAAUAGGAUCAACCAUGACCUCCACCGCGAUGGCGGCUACUCUUCAUCAACACCAAUGGAGCGAGGAGGAGACGAGGGAGUUCAUUCGCAUUCGAGCUGACCUAGAGAAGGACCUCACGGCGGUUUCCACCGGAGAAGCUCCGGCGGCGAAGAAGAAAACUUUGUGGGAGAUGGCGAGUGUUAGGAUGCGAGAGAAAGGGUUUUGGAGGACCGCUGAUCAGUGCAAAUGCAAGUGGAAGAAUCUCCUCAGCCGCUACAAGGGGAAGGAGACAUCUCAUAAAGAGUAUGGCUGGCAAUGCCCAUUUUUUGAAGAAAUCCAUGCAGUUUUUACCGAAAGAGGAAAAGCUAUGCACCGAUUGCUCCUUGAACCUGAGGCUUGUUCUAUUUCAACAAAGAAAAGGGGGAGGGAGAGAAGUUUAGAAGAACAUUCAGAUCUGAAAGAACUCAAUGAAGACGAAACUGAGGAGGAAGUGACUCUCACUCAAAGAAACUCACAGAAGAGAAAGGCUGCAAGAAAACUCCCAGCAAAGUCUUUAGGAGCAACCGAUUCUAAAAGUUCUAGUAGCUCAAUUAGUUAUGAAAUUCAAGAAAUGUUGAAGGGCUUCCUUCAAUGGCAGCAGAGGAUGGAGAUGGAAUGGAGGGAAAUAGUUGAGAGACAUUACAACAACCGUCGAAUGUUGGAGCAGGAAUGGCGUGAGUCAAUGGAGAAGCUUGAGAGGGAGAGGUUAAUGGCUGAGCAAGCUUGGAGGGAAAGGGAAGAACAGAGAAAGGAAAAGCAGGAUAUCCGAGCUGAAGGAAUGAAUGCCCUCUUAACAACUCUUUUAAACAAGCUCAACCACGAAAAUAAUUUAUGAGAUAAUGCGACGACAGGGCAAUCCUUCAGAGAAAUAGUUAAAAUAUUAUGGUAAGGUUGAGGUUGAGGUUUCUUUUUUCCUCCUUUCCCAUUGGGGUGACAGAUAGUACAUAAAUUUUUCACAUUUUUUCCUUGGGUAUGAUUGUAUGUAUACAAAGUGCAUAUUCUUCAAGGAAUUUAUAGCUCUUGGAAGAAAAUGUUAAUUGUAAUGUAAAUUUCAAGCUUU